CUAAUCCUGUUACGGAUAUGAAUAUUAAAAAUACUAAUAUUGAUCUUGUUUUUGAAGAAUUUGAUGAAAAAUUCUUACAAAUUAGCAUUGAGGCAAUAGAUCUUCCUACGAAUAAUAAAUCAGUAUUAGAAAAUUUUUUCGAUAUUAAGCCUUUUGAACAAGACCAAAAUAUAAGUGAAGAAAAUUUAACU